UUUGUCAACAACAGUGUACAGUCAGCCAAAAUUUUCUUCCUCUUCGUGGUAGCUUCGUAUCCUGACAGAGCCUACUUUUAUAUAUAAUCUUCAUGUCCAUCAAAGUUUCACAACCACAAAUAUAAACACAGAACAUCUCCACCCCAAUUUUUCUAAAACCCUAUACUUCUUCAUCUUCAUUUCUACCCCCAAACAUGGGUGGUCAAAACCGAGAUUUCCAUGUAUUCUUGUUCCCUUUCAUGGCUCAUGGCCAUAUGAUUCCAGUCUCAGACAUGGCCAAGCUAUUUGCAGCUCAAGGAGUGAAGACAACCAUAAUCACAACCCCUCUAAACGCCCCAACAUUCUCUAAAGCCAUCCGAUCAAGAAAAACAAACUCCGGAGGCAUCGAAAUCGAAAUUAAAACCAUCAAGUUCCCUUCUCAAGAGGCUGGGCUGCCAGAAGGGUGUGAGAAUCUGGACUCACUCCCCGCCACACCAGUAUUAGCAGAUAGUUUCUUCAAAGCAGCGGGCUUGCUCCAGGAACCGCUCGAACGGCUUCUACUCGAAGACCAACCGACUUGCCUUGUGGCUGACAUGUUUUUUCCUUGGGCAACUGAUGCCGCAGCAAAAUUUGGCAUACCGAGGCUAGUUUUUCAUGGGACUAGUUUCUUUUCUUUGGCUGCAUCAGAUUGUGUGAGGCGAUAUGAGCCUUUCAAGAACACUUCAUCUGAUUCAGAACCCUUUGUGAUUCCUGAUCUACCAGGGGAGAUCAAGAUGACAAGAGCCCAGGUGCCUAGUUUUAUUAAGGACAAUACUGAAAAUGACUUGACCCGGUUGCUGAAACAGUCCAAGGAAGCUGAGGCGAGGAGCUAUGGGAUUGUUGUCAACAGUUUCUAUGAGCUUGAACCAGUUUAUGCCGAUUAUUACAGAAAGGUGUUGGGGAAGAAGGCAUGGCAUAUUGGUCCUCUUUCUCUGUGCAACAGGGAAAAUGAAGAAAAAGCAUACAGAGGAAAGGAAGCAUCCAUUGAUGAGCAUGAAUGUUUGAAGUGGCUUGAUUCAAAGAAACCCAAUUCAGUUGUUUAUGUUUGCUUUGGGAGUGUGGCUAAGUUCAACAAUUCUCAGCUGAAGGAGAUUGCAAUUGGGCUUGAAGCCUCUGGGGUGGAUUUCAUUUGGGUUGUGAGGAAAGGCAAAGAUGAUGAUGAUGUGAGCAAAGAGGAUUGGUUGCCCGAAGGGUUUGAAGAGAGGAUGGAAGGAAAAGGGCUAAUCAUAAGAGGGUGGGCUCCACAAGUCCUGAUUCUUGAUCAUGGUGCUACUGGGGGUUUUGUGACUCAUUGUGGGUGGAAUUCAACAUUGGAAGGCAUUGCUGCUGGGUUGCCUAUGGUGACAUGGCCAGUGUCUGCUGAGCAAUUUUACAAUGAGAAGUUGGUGACCCAAGUGCUGAAAAUUGGAGUUGGUGUUGGUACUCAGAAAUGGAUUAGAGUUGUGGGGGAUAGUGUGAAGAAGGAAGCUAUUGAGAAAGCUGUGACUCAGAUUAUGGUGGGAGAAGAAGCAGAGAAAAUGAGAAGCAGAGCCAAGGGACUAGCAGAGCAGGCAAGGAGGGCUAUUGAAAAAGGAGGAUCAUCCCAUUCUGAUUUGAAUGCUCUCAUUGAAGAGCUGAUGAGUUCCCAUAGUUAAAUUUGGACCCCACAUUGAAUAAUGAGACCUCAGUUGAUGAGGAUUCUAGAUUAACAAUCUUAGCAAGAACAUUUACUCAUAAAACAAUGAUGCAUUUUGAGGAGAUUGGUUUAUUUUAUUUGAUUUUCAUAGUUGACUUGUUUUGUAUGCUUUGGCUUGGUGGCGCCCUUGAAAUAUGGAGCAUGAUGAGUCAAUCAAACAUAAAAUCCCAACGUCACAUUUCUUUGCGUCUCAGUUUUGUCUACCAAGGUGCUACGGUGCUUAGGGGGUUUGAAGAUGAGAUCAUUAGUCUAUAAAUCAAGAUCCUUUUGCAACCGGAAUAGACUCCAUUGAUGGAAUAA